ACAAAAUAUUUCUUCCACAGAUUCCAGUGACUGUUGACUUUUGGAGGUUAUCAAACACUUUGUCUCUGCUCAACACGUGUAGCUGUACCUUGCGAAUCAUUACCAGAGACGAGGGAGUGACCGUCGUCACCGUGGCAACGGACAGUAAGAGCAUGUUGCCGCCUCUGUGUCGAAUCCUCAAGACUCUCUGCUGCUCCGGGUCCACGGGGCUGAUGGAGAGAGAUGUAACUGCAGCUCUCGGGACUAUGCAGGUCAUGGUGGGCCUGUUCAACAUUGGACUCGGGCCGGGACGACCUUACAUGCAACCCGACAGUUUGACCUUCACGGGAGCUGCUUACUGGCUGGGUGGCGUGUUCAGCGUAGCUGGAAUCAUGUCCAUUCUUGCCGGCCGGUUCCCUUCUCUUUACUUGGUGGGCUUCGCCGUGCUGGUGAACAUAGUCGGAUCCAUCUCGGCCGUUGUUGGGAUCGUGCAGAGUUCCGUGGACUUGGCGGCCGCCCCCGCCGCCGGGAUGUGUGACGGCUACACUGCUGAACUUCACAACGACAACUGCAUUUAUGUGGCGCAAUAUUUCCAGCGUCUGUUGACGGGCUUGGAUGUGACUCUGAUCGUCCUGGCUGUUCUCCACCUGUGUGUCUCCAUCAGCUUUGCUGUGCUGGGCAUCAAGGCUUUGGUCAACAGAGAGACAGAAGAGGUUGACAAAGAUGAUGAAGACCAGCACUUGAUGAAGGAAGCACUCCUGACCAAUCCUGCUGCUUAAAGCCCACUCAACUUACACGCAGAUCCACCAGUCACUGGAAUACUUUGCACUUACUUGGUGAAAGUAAUCUAAACUGGUUAAUAUUACACAUGCACUUCUUUUUUCCAGUCUUGUUUUUGUGUUUAUGUUCUACACAUUUGCUUUUGAAGUGAUUUUUAAAGAAGGCUUCAUCAAAUAAAAGGCAUGACUCGCGGGCUGCAGGGCUGGUGUCUGUAAUGAAACUGUUUCCCACCAGGUGGUGUCCAUUCCCUUAAAUACACAUUCUAGUUCAUACCUGCUCUGUUUUACUUCUACUUCGUCUUAUUUUGAGAAGGAAGUAAGCUCUGCUUUAUCUUAUGCUGACAUUAGCUUUAUAUUGAAGAUAUGUGUUUCAAAUAGAGUCUGUCUGUCGGUCCACUGAGGAUCAUGCAUAUGAUAUUUCUUGCACCCUUUUUCAUUGCUUAUUUAGUUCUAUUCAUUUCCUCCCUAUUUGGCAGAGCGUCCACAGUGCCGAAUAAUUGCUCUGGGUUCGUAAUUUUGAAGUUAUUUUGAAUUCUCAUUCAAAGCUUCGCUGACAAUAUAAAUCAAUCUAAAGUUUGCUGCAUAGCUGUAUUGUAUUAGAUAGAAUUAGAUAGUUAGUUUCUGAUCCCCCCCCCCAAAAACAAAUCCCUCUUUAAUACCCCUAAAUGCAUUCUAACAAUAAACCAAUGCAAAUUAA